AUGGAAUCUUCCGAAUCAAACACUGUUGUAAGUGACAUGGAGCGCCUACCGUAUUCUGCAAAUAGUUUAAAGUUUGCAGCCUCCAGAAGUGUGGAAAUAGCCGCAAUGACCGAGAGUAUACUCCGGCCAAGUAAAACGAAAUUAAUAUUUCAAAGCUUACCAGUACACAUGCGUCGCCGGGUCAUGAGCCACAACGCUAAAAGAUUGCCCAACAAGCUUAGAACAGGGCAUUUGGAGCAAUUAAAAAAGAGCGGCUUACCUCCAAAACAAAAACGACCAUCCAGAAAAUAUAGAAGACGUCCGGGUAACUUGCUCGAAGAAUAUAACAGGAGGCAAAAGAAGAAUUUUUGGUUAGAGACACAUAUUUGGCAUGCUAAAAGAUUUCACAUGAUUGAAAAGUGGGGUCAUCGAAUUGCUUACGCUCCCUGUGACAAAGCAUUUAGAGCCUGCUAUAGAGCUAGUUCAGCUCACUGCCUUCUGCAAGAUAUAUCUUAUCAUACAGCUGUACAGAUAAUAGGACCAGAAAUAACAAUAAAAGACAUUUUUGCUUUAAUUACUAGUAACUAUUGUGGUUUAGGCAUAUGUGCCAAAGCUUACAUAGAUGGUAAAAGAGAAGGAUCAAUCCAUUUAUAUGAAAAGAAUAUGUACCCCUUUGGUUAUAUAGGAAAAAUAUCCUUUUUAUGGGAGAAAAAUGAACGAGAGAAAUCCCUAUGGCUGUUUGUACAUCCAUCACAAACAAAGCAAGUGGAAUCAUUGCUAACAGAUAUGUUAGAUAACAUUUCUCACACCCCUGUAGAGAAAAAAAGAAAGUUAACAAAUAAUUAUUCUGAAAAUAUAAAAGUGAAAUUUUUGCCUGGAACUUUUAAUAGGUUUCGUUUAACAGGGCCUAAAAGUCACAUAGUGUUAGCACAUAGUAUAAAAUGUAUAGAUGAUAUUGAAAAAAUUAAGGAAAAUAAAUGGAUUCAAAACCUUAACAGGUCCACUUUAUAUUUAAAAGAAAAGUGUGAUUAUUGGCAAAAAAUAAAGGGAGCAACAUCACCAUCCCACUUGCCUUCCAAGAUUGUGAUUGGUUUAGUUGUAAGAGACCCACGUUUAUGUAGACCCAACCGUCGCACUAAAGCAUUAAAUGAAAAUAUCCAAUUAGACAUUGAACCUUUUUUAAAUAUUCCACCAACAUUGUCUGCUUCACCAUUGUGGGAUAGCUAUACUCAUGAUAAUAUAAAAAAAGAGAAAUUAUCUAACACCCAAUUUAUAGAACAUAUAACUAAAACACAACUAGUACCAGGUGCAGUGAAUAUAGAAGACCCAGCUUUACAAAGCAUUCCAAUUGUUCUUAUACAAAGGCCUGGAUCCCAGGACUCUUCCAAGAAAAUAGGGUAUGGUAGCGGUUGGGAUAUAAUAAUUCCACCUGGAUAUGGACUCCAAUUCUGGCAGACUUUGAUUAUGUUCGGUGCCCGUUCAGGUGGGUUACGAGAAAGUGAAAAUUUGGCCUUUGAAAUGGGAGACUGCUACUUACCACCUGAUUCUAAUUCUGGAAAAGAAGAAGAAAUAAGAAUAGAAACUGAACUUAGAGAAAAGUAUUUUAGAUUACCACCAAGUAAAAGAGUCAACUAUAUAAAGAUGGGUAUUGUUACUCCUUUCAUUUGCCCAUGGAAAAUACUCCUGAGAGAUUGGAGUAACAGUUCUACUGAUAACUUCUUUGUACUAAGAGAUCGACGACUUUUACAAAGAUUGCAAGACUGUAUUAUUAAUAAAAUAGAACUACCGGAGAUUGAAAAUGCAGUGGCAUGUCUAGUGCAAGUUUCUUUAAAAAUGGUUAAAAAGGGAAAACUUAACAAGAAUGCAAUAAUUUGUUUACCUGAAAAGAAUGAUCUUUUAGAAUUGCCCCAAGAGCAGCAAUGCGAGGAUCCAAAUGAAAAAAUACGAAAGCAAAAAAGAACCGAACAUAUGAAGAAACUUAAGCAAUUAAGAAGAAAAAGAAAUAAAUUGAAGAAAGCAGGAACACAGGUUAAUAAGUCGCCAAAGAAGAUAUCAUCCAAAAGUGAACCAUCAGAAUAUGUGAAGGCUAUGAGAGAGUUAUGGCUUCCUUCAGAUAUAAAGUCCUGUCGACAUUCUUGUUCAAGACAAAUACUAGGAUUUUUACCACAAGCAGCUUACAGUUUCUCUGAAUCACGAAGUUGUGGUGUAGGGUUUGUUGCUUAUAAUGCAUUAAAUACUCUCCUGAAGAAGAAUUUUAACAAAGUGUUAGUUCGCAAUGUAUCUUCUAGAAAAUAUAGGUUAGCCAACUUAUUUUUAAAAAUAGACCAAUAA